UUUUCAACCCAUAAACCAUCGGAACAUUUUUAAUUAAAAUUAUAAACAAUAAAGGAAAAUUCCACUACGAAAAAUUGCUCCGUUGUCUCGUCUUCUGUUCCCGGCUUUUAUCUCCACCGUCACGCAUACAAAGAAAGUUGAAAUUUCUUCACGGCCACCGGAUCUCAACCUUCCCUUUCCAGCUACUCAAAGAUUUCGCAGAUCUGUCAUGGAUUUCAUGAAGGUUUUCGAUCAAACUGUCCGUGAAAUAAAGAGGGAGGUGAAUUUGAAGGUUCUGAAGGUUCCAGAAAUCGAACAGAAGGUGCUGGAUGCAACAGAUGAUGAACCGUGGGGUCCUCACGGAUCUGCACUGGCUGAAAUUGCGCAAGCUACCAAGAAAUUUUCCGAAACUCAGAUGGUUAUGAAUGUUCUCUGGACAAGAUUGAGUGAAACUGGUAAGAAUUGGCGUCUUGUCUAUAAGGCUUUGGCUGUCAUAGAGUAUUUGGUGUCACAUGGAUCUGAACGUGCAGUGGAUGACAUUAUCGAACAUACUUUCCAGAUAUCUUCACUCUCGAGUUUUGAAUAUGUUGAACCAAGUGGAAAGGACAUGGGCAUAAAUGUCAGGAAGAAGGCUGAAAACAUCGUGACCCUUUUGAAUGAUAAAGAUAAAAUACAAGAAGUGAGAAAUAAAGCAGCUUCAAAUCGUGAAAAGUACUUUGGACUUUCAUCUACUGGAAUUACUUACAAGUCAGGUUCAGCCUCGUAUGGCAGCAGUAGUUAUUAUAGCAGUGAUAGUUAUCAAGGUCAGAGUACCUUUAGAAGCGAUAGAUUCCGUGAUAGGAGCAGUGACAGGGAUUCAUUUAGAAAGGAAAAGGAUGACCAGGAUGAUUUUAAAAAGUCAGAUUGGGCCCCUAAGCCGGAUGGCAAGGGUUCUGCACAAAACAACAGCAAGGAUCAAAGUAAAACAUCAUUUAGUACAUCUAAGCCAUCAAAGAAGGCGAGUGACUCUGCAAAUCAGACUUCCUCCUUCAGUGCUAGCACCCCUACAAAUAAUUCUGAUGAAGAUUUUGAUGAUUUUGAUCCUCGUGGGACUUCCACCACCACCACCACCACAAAAGCUGCUGCACCAAGCCCCAAUGGGGUGGAUCUUUUUGGAGACAGUUUACUUGGAGAUUUCAUGGAUGGCCCAGCUCUUGUUCCUCCUGGAAAGCCGGACACCAGUUCUCCUGAGGUUGAUCUGUUUGCAGAUGCUACUUUUGUAUCAGCUCCAGCGCAAGUGGAAAAGGAACCCAAUUCCCCAUUAAAGACUACAGAGGUUGAUUUGUUCGCUUCUCAACCUGCUUCAGUUUCUGCAACAGUAGACUUUUUUGCCUCUCCGGAGCCAGUUGUACAAACAGGAACCAACUUUGCAAGUGCAGCAAGAGACAACAAAGCUUCACAACCUGCUUCAAAUUCUUCAACGAUCGACUUUUUUGCCUCUUCUGAGCCGGUUGUCGAAACAGAAACUAACUUUGUGAGUGCAGCAAGAGACAUUAAAGCUUCACAACCUGCUUCAGUUUCUGCACCAGUUGACUUAUUUGCCUCUCCUGAGCCAGUUUUAAAAACAGAAACCAACUUUGCUAGUGCAUCAAGGGACAGUAAAGCUGUGGAUCCAUUUGCUGCUCUUCCACUUAACUCUUUUGAUGGAUCGGAUCUUUUUGGUGCACCGUCUUCCCAUUCUGAACCAUCACAACUUUCUCAGAAUCCUGUUGGUGGCCCAUCUAAUAAUUUAGAUGGAAAAUCUAUCAACAGUUCAAUAGCUCCAGCCAAGAAGAAUACUUUCCAGGUCAAAUCUGGGAUUUGGGCGGAUUCACUUAGUCGAGGGUUGAUUGAUCUUAAUAUAUCUGCUCCCAAGAAGGUUUCCCUGGUAGAUGUCGGUGUCGUGGGCGGACUGAGCGAUUUCUCAGACGAGAGAGAGAAAGGACCAGCACCUACUUAUUACAUGGGGCAAGCAAUGGGUGCGGGAUCUGGUCUUGGUAGGACAGGAUCACAGGCGCUUGGAGACGAUUUCUUUUCGCAACUUUCCGGUCAACAAUACCAAUUUGGUGGUUUCCAGAAGUAAGAUUGUUAUUUUUCAGCCCUGCCUCCUUUUUCUUCCUGUUAAUCUACGAAGUGCGUGUGGGGAAAAACCUUUUGAGGCCUUUUGGUGCGAUGAGUGGGCUUUUGCAUAUACGACGCCACAUAUUAAUUUGAUUCGAGGAAAUUUGCCUUGAAUUGUUAUAAAAUGGUUGCUCCCUUUCUUGUGUUUCUAUUACUUAGUUACUGUGAGCGAAGGAAUGACGCUUCUUUUUAUUAAACACAUUCAGCAAUUUAACUUUAUAAAAAUGGAAAGAGUGAUCCCCCCCUUC